AAAAUAAAAAAAAAGGAUUAAUUUUAUACUUUUUGAGCAUCUUGUUUUGGAAAAUAGAUAUAUUGGGAUGGUGAGGGGAGGAAGUAGAGAGAGAGAGGAUGAAGGGAAGCAGCAAGAGGAAGACGGAGAAGGAGAAGAUAGAGGAUGAAGUGGAAGAAAUGUUGCGAGCGGCGCAAGACCAAAUCCUCUUAAAUCUCACCCAAGCCCACAUAGCAGCCCGUCCUUCUCCGGAUCAUGAUCAUGAUCUGGAUCUGGAUCUGGAUCUGGAGCGUCGAUUCCAGGCCCUCAAAAUGAAAACCAAAUCUCAACCUCAAGAUGAUCUCUCUGCCAGAUUCGAUGCCCUAAAAGCCAAAUCAUCAUCUUCUGUAGUCACAGCAUCCAAUUCCAACGCCCAAUUUGAUUAUGCUGAAGAAGACCCAGAGGCUCAAGUUCAGAAACUCAUCCAGUGGGCUAAGGAUGCUGCACGUCUCGAUCCUUCUCCCCCCUCAGAUCACGACCAAGAUAUCUAGAAACCUAUCAUUACAAAUUCAUACAUAUAAACUUCCUUUUCCUUUUCUUUUCUUUUUUUAUAUGAUUUGGUGCAUUUGAUCUGUUAAUGUGUCAGGCAAUUUAGUAAUUCAAAGCAGUAUCUGCAAGGACAUGAAAUCUUAGUGAUCUGUAAUUUAGUAAUUUAGUUCUUUUACCGCAGCCUUUUUCUCUUA